CCUUAUCUCUUCCUUGAUUUUUUUUGUUGCGCACGCAUGGGCUCCUGGACGGCGGCUCCUGGGCGGCGCCGCCGUUCUGGCUCGUAGGCUGUUGCCGCGCUUCGCCGCGUCUCUGGUUUGCUCCUGCGCAUCGCACUAGGUGACGGACAAGGUGAGCAUGCCGACGCCCCAAUCCACCAACUAACCUGCAGCGAUUCUCCUGAUCUUGGAGGAUCCGAUGCCAUCAAAUCGAUCCCCAAAUCCUCGUCGAGUUGGCGGGCUAUACAGUGUGGGAUCUCCAACAAAAACUUUGGAUCUGUCAUGGGUUCCAGAUGGGAUGGACCGUAACGCAGCCUGUAUACUUGCCAUUCGCAUACCAGGCUAUGAGGAGCAUGGUACACAAGUUUAUCAUGUUACCUGUGAUAAAAAUUGGGUUCGCGAUAAGGAUACGAUUUCAUGGAUGGAUUUCUAUGCUGAUAUAGAUCUCGAGAUAAAGCGAGGUAGUAUCCAAAGUUUAUCGGUGAGUUUUUGGGACAAGGUUGCAUGCAAGUAUAUGGAUAUUGAUUCUGACUCAUCAUUGCUUGCUGCAAUUGAUAUGUACUGGGACAUCAGAAAGCUUCCUCUAGUAGUUUCCGUGAUUAACCAGCCAUGUUAUGAAAACAAGUCAGCUACUGAUCUUACUAUUGUUGAUAUGAAAACAAGUCAGCUAUAUGACACUGAGGAAAGGCCUACUAAUUAUCUUGCUUAUGACACCGAGGAAAGGGCUGCAGAUGAUCCUUGGGGUGAAAAUGAUGAAACAGAGUAUGUUGGCACCAAGAAAAGGAAGAGAUGCAAGAGAUGUGGUCAGUUAGGACACAUGCAAAAGACUUUUUAUUUUUCCUAAUCCUUGUUAUCUUUUAUAGUCGAGCUAAGAAAAAUGCAAUGGAGGAGGCCGAGGUGCAUGGUAGAAUGGCGCUGGAGCAUCUUAUGCAAUUCUGAUUAUUAUGCUUUUGUGUGCAAGCAAACCGCGUAAAGCCUUUUGAUGCUAAAUUGAUGUAAUUUGAGAUGUUAAGAUUAAGCUUUGUGACAUGAUGGUCACUUGUUCCAUACUAAUUAUUUUGUGACAUGUUACGUGGUGUAAAAAAUUAUUAUGUAUGUGAAUAUAUUGCACUGCAAGGAUGACCAGUGGCCUUGCGUCCCUA